GAGGAGAGGCUGUCCCCGGACCGGCUGGCAGAGAGCAGACACCCCGGGGAGAGUGCUUCUUCGGCCGCAGCCCUGUGGUGGUGACAGCCCUGACAGCGACUGGAACAGGUCCGCACUUCACUUCUCCGUCUCUUUAGAGCAAGCAUCCCUCAGGUAACUUAACGAGCCGCUGUCCCGGAGGUGGCAGGAGGAUUUAACUCGAUGUUAUGCUCAGUAUCGUCCCCUGAACUGACUGCAUAUGAUGUCUGGUGGUACUCUCUGCCGGUUUCAUUCAAUGAAUCACGACUAUUUUAAUUAAAGAUGGCUGACGUGGAGCUGGUGAAGAAGAUGCUGCGGGCCGUCCUCCAGGCCAACAGAGGAGGAGUGUCACUGUCACGUCUGCAGUCCGAGUACAAAGAGCUGACCGGGGAGCAGAUACCGCACAAAUUGAUGGGACACAACCACCUGGAUGCACUGCUAUCCAGCAUGCCCUCCGUGGUCCGCACAGAGCGCGGCCGCUCUGGAGAGAUUUUAUGUUUUGCGUCGGGAACAAAAGAGACGGCCCACAUCGCUAAACUGGUGGCUCGUCAGCGCAGCUCGAAGAAGACAGGCCGACCCAACCUGGUCAACACCCAGAUGAGGGUCAAACCGGCGGCCCCGCUCGUACUCAAUGCGAAACCUCAAACCUCUCUGAGGCAACCAAACCAUCGCGGUCGAGGCGGGGGUCGAGGCGGAGGUCGAGGGGCGGGACAUGGAGACAGACAGGCAAGAGACAUGAGAGAUGGCCAAUCAGAGGGGAAGACUGGGGCACAUCCAAACAAGAUGUCCAAUCAGAACACACCCAACAAGAAGGUGAACCCACCUGCAGAGAAGUCGGAGAAGAGGAUGACCCUCUCGUCUCGGUUUCAGAAGGAGGUGCAUGCUCACCUUUCCAGAAACCCCCAACUGACCGGUCCACCAUUGAAUCUAAAUGAGAACCUCGGCUCGGGGAAAGGAAAGCCCUACAACCCUCAGCAGGUCCAGGGCCGCAUCAGAGAGAUCUUGGGGAAGUACAGUAACGGCUUCUGGGUGUCCAAGCUGCCUCAGAUCUACAGAGAGCUGUAUAAACAGGACAUGCCCACUGAGGCCAUCAAAGACCUGGAGACCUGGACACACAUAUGCACUGUAGAGAAAACCUGCAGCAGCAACCCAUCAGAGCUGCUACUCUACCCUGCCAAGGGCAAGACCUCCACACCCUCCCCUCCACCCAUCCUUAACCCAAACUCUACCUCAGCCCCUGUCCGGACUUCAAACGUUACAGACAAACCGGUGCAGUCCCCCUCCCAGCGGAGAAACCAUCUGACUCGCCCGGGUUCUCGCUCUCCUCAGACCUCACCAUCGUCCUCACCAUCGUCCUCCUCGUCCCCCAGCCCCCCCUCCUCCCCUGCCACCCUCAGCCCCGAUCUGAAGCUGAAACUGGAGGAACUGCUGGGGAAGUACCCCAACGGCUUGUGGGCCCACGCGCUGCCCAAGCUCCUCCAGGACACCUACAAAAUCAAACUGCCCGGACAUGUCCUGGACAACCUUCACCUCCUCUCUGACAUCUGCACCAUCGACUACCCGAUGCCUGACAACCCAAAGAGGGCCAUCUUGUACAAGGAGUGCAGCGGUGGGGGAGGAGAGGAUGAGCACUGCAACAGGAGGAACUCCUCGGCCAGUGAGGAGGAGCUGAGGGUGAGGCAGGAGUUGGGGAGGAGGCUCAGUAACCACGCGGUGCCUUCUCUGCACAUCCCCAAAGAGGAGUACCCCUCUGUACUAGUGGUGGAGGCCACCAACACCAACGGAGUCAUUCUCAGGUACAUUGGUGAGGGGUACUCCCAAGCCCAGGAGUCCAUGGAAGAUGAAAUGAGGGAGUUUUACCGCCUGACCAAAAGCAGUCCGACUCCUUUGACGUCUCCAUCCUCUGGACAACUUGUUGCUGUUAGAGCCGAGGAGGAGGAUGAGAUUCUGAGAGCGCAAGUCUGUGAUGUCAUGGCUGACAAGGUCAAGGUGCACUAUGUGGAUCAUGGCUUCUCGGAGGUGAUCAGUAAAACCAAAGUAUUUGAGCUGAAUGAAAAGUUUUUCAAACUGCCAUUUCAGGCGACCAAAUGUAAACUGGCAGGCCUAGAGCCAUUCUGUCAGGAGCCCUCUGUGCUGAAGAAGUUUGAGACGAUGGCAAGUGGAAAAAUCCUAUUGGCUGAGAUUCUGGAGAGGGGACAGAUCCCUCUUGUAGUCCUGUAUGACACGUCGCAGGAUGAUGAUGUCAACAUCAACGCUGCCUGCAUGAAAGCCCUGCACGACAAGAUGCUCACCAGCCCGUUACAGGUGAACAGCGCUUAUAUGAACGUGACUGUCAGAAGCGUCUGCUCAGAUGGGACCGUGUACUGUCAGCUGCCCUCCAGAGGCCUUGCUAAGCUGAAUGAGAUACUGGAGAACAUAGAGACAUACUUCCACUCACAGGUAACAUCAGAGUUCCUGGUAUCCAGACCCUUCUGUGGGAAAGGAUGUCUGGCUCGCUACAAAGGAAAAUGGUCCCGCAUAGAGAUCACCAACCUGCACGGCAGCAGAGUGCUGGACAUCAUGUUCAUUGAUGUGGGCGUCCAGGCUUCUGUAGAGGUGUUUGAGCUGAGAGAGAUCCCUCCUCUGUUCCUCCGUGACCUCAUGGCCAUCCCCCCACAGGCUGUGAAGUGCUGCCUAGCAGACCUGGCUGUCAGUGUGGGAUCCUGGACUCCAGAUGCUGUCCAAUGGCUUCGAGAGAAAGUGCUCAACACCACAGACUGUAGUAUGAAGGUUGCCAAGGUAGAUGAAAGCAAGCGCUGCGUCUACGUCCACCUUUUCACCGACAAGAACUUCCAUGACCCGGCCCGCAGCCUCAACCAUCAGAUGGCCCAGUCCGACCUGUUCAAACAAAAGCCAGAUGUGUUCCUGACGAGCGUCAGCUCUGCCAAGAUCUCCACAGCCACGUUAUCCUCAAAGCCCCCCAGCAACAGUCACUGCACUAACGGGAGUCCAACGUCAACUACUGUCCCAGCCAAGCCUCAAGUCAGGAGGGCUCUGUUAGGACCAAGAGGAGGAGCAGGAGGCAACACGACCAGCAGCCAACCAGAGACACCAUCCCCACCCUCUAUGUCUCAACAUCUCCCACCAUUACUAGAGCUGCCCCCUGCAGGUAACAACCUAGACGUCUAUGUAUCGGUGGCGUGCCAUCCGGGCCACUUUGUGCUGCAGCCCUGGAGAGAUAUGUACAAACUGGUGGUGCUGAUGGGAGAGAUGAUUCUCUACUACAACAAGACUGAGGAGAAACCCCUCAACAUAGAGAAGAAUCACAUAUACGCCGCUAAAGUGGAGAACAGCUGGCAUCGUGUGUUAGUGAAGGGGGUCCUGACGAAGGGCUUGGUGUCUGUGUACGAGUUGGACUAUGGUAAACAUGAGCUGGUCAGCUGCACACAGCUCAGACCUCUGAUCAAAGAGUUCAGACAGCUGCCGUUCCAGGGGAUCACCGCUCAGCUGGCUGGAUUGAAGCCGAGGCAGUGGUCGGAGGAAGCUUCCAUCGUUUUCAGGAACCACGUGGAGAAGAAACCACUGGUGGCCCAGCUGGAGUCCUUGCAGGAAGCCCCUAACCCGUGGGACAGGAAGUUGAUGGUCUUCCUGGUGGACACUUCACAGGAAGAAAAGGACAUCUGGGUGCAUGACAUCAUGGCUGAAUUUGCUGAUGAGCUGACCGAGCCGUAGAUCAAAAGGUCAUCGAGAGUGUACUAGCCUAGCAGUUGUCCUGUCACGCAAGAUACUGGGAGAUAUGGAUAAAGACGUAUCCAUCUUUAUCUAUCAGUCUACCAUGUAAAGGGACUGAAAGAGGAAAGCAAGGAAAAAAGAAGAAGGUACAAGAAGAUAGAAAGGUUUGAGGGAAUGUAGUGACUGGAAGUGCCAGAAAGAAGGGGAGGUGCGUUUUUUUAGGAUGUACAUCGAAGGAUGUUGUGACGUGAUUUUGAGUGACUACAGUGUGACCUUUGGACAAUACACCUAUGCAUGAUGUUGGCCACAAAUUCUCAAAACAUACACAAACAAAUUGCUGAAUCUAUCUAUGAUUCCCUCACAGUGUUGUGUAAGUGAGACUACAUACAGUACUAUAUACCACUGGAUAUGGGCUUUAUCCAGAGCAACAGUGCUUUGAGUUUAUCCAGUUUCUGUGUGAGUCAUUCCAGGGAUGCCUGAAUACCCCUCAACCCUGCCAAUGGGAGCAACAUGCGCACAAUAAGUUAAAAGUAACUCUUCUCUUGCUUGGAGGACUUAUACACUUGUUUACAGAAUCUGCUAUUUGGAUGGUAUUUCUGAAAAGGUUUUCCAAAAGUCAGAGCAAACAUUCCCAUAAAAGGAGAAGAAAUAGACUAAUUAUGGGAGACAGGCAUACCGUACAAAGACCAGUAGGUAGUUUAAUUAAUGUUAAACUAUACAUUUUUUGUAUAUGUCUAAAUGAACAUUGUUAGUUGUUCCAUUUUAGCACAUGCAUGCUGACACAGAGUCUGCUGUAUCAGUUGUUUUUAGUAGAGGUGCAUCAUGGCAAUGCAAGUACAGCAGGAGACAAUGGGGAAUUUGAAUAGCAAAUUGACACACAGAGACUUGAGAUCAUGGAUCUCUUCUCCUCUGAAACACAGAUUUGAGUAUAAUCCUUUAUAAUCUGUUCUGUUCUUUAUCUGACAACGAGACCUUCAUUUUACCCGGUAACAUGUACUGCAUGUUGCAGAUAUUUCUUAAUCGUGAACAUAGUGAUAAUGUAUUGUUUUAAUGAGAAGCAGAUUAAGUUACCAGUAGUUAUAAGCUUUAAGAUAUUCAAAUAGGAGAUACGUUUGCUUAUUAUUGGCUCUUUGGGUACCAGAUAAUGUCGGCCAGAUUUUAGUCUGAAAUGUGACUUUUCUUUCCGCACAUGUUUUUUCAAAUUCUAAAGACAGUAAACCUGACAAAGCUCAAAGCUGCAUUGUUAUUAACUUGACAAGUGACAUGAAUGUAACUUAUAUUCUGUAGAAGAUGUUAUUAUUCAUUUAUCACCUCCAUUUUGUUGUUUGACAAUGACCUGAAGGUAAUACAAAGACUUGCUUUUGGAAUAAAGUCUGUUUGAGAGGUUUAAAUGA